AUGGCUACUAGAAAUCUAACGGAGAUUUAUAUCAAUCUUCGCACUGAAAUUAGUCGUUUCAAGGCCUAUUCACUCGGUGACUCCGUACGUAGUGAUAGCCCUGGGGUACUGUACUGACAUAUACUGCCACAAAACAUACACUGUUUGUUUUAUGUCGUACCAGAUGGAGAACUUUCCUGAUGAUGAUUUGUUUUGAUUUAAUUUAACCAGGACGAUGACACAGUAGCACUCGUUCGAAGAACAAGCGAUCUCGAACUUGGCGUUCAAACGGGAGGAAUAAGCUCCUUACCUCCGCAAUGGUGGGUAUGAUUUCUUGGUAAUCGUCUAAUUUAGAGUGUGAGGAUGAUGUUUUUUCUAAAAUAAAAUUAACUUCUGAAAUAGAAAUUUGUUUGUCAAUAUAGCUAUAUUCAAGAUACGAGACUGUAUGAUCUAGUAACCUAUGAUUAAAUGCACGUAUGUUAAAAUACAAUGCAUGGAUUAUUAUUUUUGAUUAAAAAGUUAGUCUUUGAAUGAUGAAAACUUCUGCAUCGCUUAAGCCUUGUUUCCCACAAUCGUUUUUUAUUAAGCCAAAGUUCUAAAAUAUUGAAUGGCAAAACCACAGCUACUUUCAACUAUUGUUUAUCAGGAAAUGAACAAAAAACAAACACAAAAAAACAAGCCAAUAAUUAUGUUCUUAGCUGCUGUGUAUGUAAACUUUCGUUUUGAUUUGUGUUAGAUUAUGGGAAUGAAUCUGAGACAGGGACCAUAAAAUUGGCUGGCUUGAAAUUUUUCGGUUCAAAGACAGUUUUCCAACUUAGAUUUGUCUUUUGCUCAGUAGAUAUUCCAAAGCAUUCUAAUUCACUUCUUUUAAUUUUCCAGGGUUGAUGUUGUGGAAGAGGUAGGUAUAAGCUAUAGUUUCACAAGUUUUUAACUCGCCCAAAAAUUUACAGUAGAACCCGGGUAACUCGAACUCUGAAGAGAAACAAAAAACAGUUCAAGUUAGCGGGGGUUCAAGUUAUAGGGAUCUACUGAAUUGUCAAUCUUCUGUGUAAAUAUUGCUAGUUUACUGAUAUUUCAGCACUUCAGUAUACAGCAGAGUGGAAAUUAAAUUUAUAUCAUUAGAAAUUGUGACACAUCUAGACUAUACAGAAAUAUUUUACUGCAUGAAAAAAAUAAGUUAACCAGAACAGACAGCAAACAGCUUAUAAGAGAAAACAACCCUCAAAACCUAUCACGAUACACGGGCCUUAUUCAACCGAGACUGUUAGUAAAUAUGAUCAAUAAACAGUAAUCUAUUAUUUAUAGUCAACAUAAAAUGCAUUGUGGCACAAGAUAAAAGUAUUUAUACAUUUCAAGAUUCUUUCCUUUUAUUUUGUCACGUUUCUUCAACUUAUUAAAAAACGAAUUACACAUGUAGUUUGUUUGCAUUUUGUGACCUUGAAAAGUUUAAAGAUUACUCACAUCCAUUAGCGCGUACAUCAAAAAAUGUAAAUAGAUCAAUGGUCGAUAACAGAUUUUUUACCAUAAUAUGAGUUUGGUUCAAAGUACUGAAGAACACAAACUUAAAAUUGUUUUUUGCUUAAAAGCGAUUCAUCUUGAAACUCAAUAAUUGACAUUUUUAUAGUGAAAACCCUAUGCAUACUUUACCUUCUCACUCUUACAGUGUACGUAUACAGAACACCUUCAGUAAAAUACGAGUUGUGUAUAAUCAGUGUCAUGUGUGAGUGAAAUUAAUUUAUAUGGUAUUUUUUAAAGGUCCCAUUUUCAAUGGCUUUUAGUUUACACCUCAAUGAAAGUUAUGUCUGUUAAAGCAAGCUGUGAACUUUCAAAGUUUAUUGAAACUCGCUAAUGCUAACAUCAAACGAGCUUGUUGAACAGGGCGCAGAGACACAGAAAUUAGGAGAAGCAUAACACUUGAUCAUGCACAAAUUUAAUGAUGCAGUUACAAACAAAAGCAAAAACUCUGGGCCACAUUAAGAACAAUACUGUAAGCUCUAGUAUGCUAAGUCACCAAACCUUGUACCCAACUUGUAGUAACUUGCCUCAGUACUUUAUUUCUCUCAAAUUAGUACACCUGUACUUAAAGCUCCUGGUGAAGCUUUGUAUUCUGGAAGCUUUGUUGCUCAUUUGCCCUCUUGCUAAUAAGGCUAUGAGAUGAACUUGUGUGCAAAUUUCUCAAAGUUCCUGUUUUGGCUGGACAAGUAUUCUUCAUCCUAAUCUGAAAUUUAGACCUCCAAAAAGACAUGUGUUAUGUUAAACAGAAAUAAAUAAAUCUUUAAACAGACUCUUUGAAGAUGGACAAACAUGUUUUAUGGAUCAAGCAAUGCCCUCUGGGUUACUAGGUUGAUAAUUAAAAGUGUUCAUUUUUUAAUGUAGGAGACCGAAAAAAUCCAAAAUCAAAUUUAUGAACUGGGCAAGCCUUGAGGCAGCCCAGUUAAAAAUUUAAUGGGAUGGCAUUUGUGGUAAGUUGCAAGAACCAGAAUUUGAGUCAUCAAUGUAAAUUUUGAUGAAGGAAAACAAGUAUUAUUAUUUUUAGUUCGAGUUAGCGGGGAAUUUGAGUUACCCAAGUAAAAGUGACUGAAGAGUUGGGUCAAAUCCAAGGGAAGUGAGACUGGAGUUAGCAGGGAACAUGAGUUAUCCAAGUUCAAGUUACCAGGGUCCUACUGUAUAUUUUUAAUUUUUAUUUCCUCUUGUAGAGUGUCAAGGUUUGAAUUUAUCAAUUCCUUUCUUCUUUUUUACGUAGAUUCAAUAUGAAAUUACAAGGAUAAAGCAAAGAAGUAAGUUUAAGCUUAGUUUAAAUUGCUCUAGGCAGUAUAUUAGAUUCUAUAUCAGGGUUUUCAUCAAGAAUUCUGGUAGCAGGAGAAACGUGUAACAUUACAGGAGAAUAUUUUAAAAGAGGCUCCUCAUAUAAAUAAAAAUAGUCGUAACAGGGUUGUCAAAAGUAGUCAGCUGCCGUCGAAAAAUAUCGCCGCCUUCUUGGUUAGUAUCGGCCGGCUACUCUUCUUAGCAUUUCUUUACAAAUGGCAUUUUUAAAUAACAUAACUCUGGACUGGCCGCUUACUUCAACAACUCAGCCGUCUACUUCAAAACUUUCUAACAACCCUGUAUAGGCUACCGAACAUUAGCUGGAGAAUUUUGUGUAGUAAACUGAGAAUUCCCCAAUCUCUGAUGCCUAAUGAUCACCCUGCUAUGUGUUUGUUUUUAACAGUUUGUUUUCUGAUGUGUCAUCACUUUUAUAGUGUUACAGCUAUGAGAAUUUUGAAAUAUUCCUCCAAACUGUUACUGAUUUUUUUUUAUUUUUAUGGUAAUUACUUGAGUAUCGAAAAUGUUCUAAUAGGAGAAAAAGGGAAAAGGUUAUUGAAGAUUGGAAUCAUUUUUUUUAGUGCAAGAGUUGUCAACUCUUCAUGAUCGACACCUGAACAGACCAACGCUUGAUGACAGUGUGGAUGAAGAACAGACAAUAGAAAUAACCACGAAAGAAAUCACUCAGGUUUGUACUUCAGCCUUAUGCUAAUGAAUACUGUUUUUAGACAGGUGCAAUUAAGGAAGAGAGGAGGUUUUCCUGGGGUGUACUCCCUAUAAUGCCAUUUAUGACGAGGCUCCACCCCAAAGGGCGGGGAUUUCACUGGUGGAAGUAUAUAAAAGGGCAGGAACAUUUAUCAUUUUGAUCUGUUAAAGGACCCAGUAGGGCUAACAGAUGCAUUUAUGGCUGUGAAAAAGUCAAGAAAACUUUCUAGUUUUGUGAUUUAUUCAUAUUUAAAGUUAGUGCAUUUUAGCCUAUAGAAGGGAUCAGAGUUCUAAAUUAGGUUUGUAAAGGGAGUACCAUCUCUCAAUAGAAAUUUUGUGAAAGGGAUACCUUUUUUUGUCAGAAAUGGUAUGUAAAAGGGAAGCAGGUUGGACCUUGGUGUGGGACUUCUUGGUAUAUAUUCCCGUAUAUAAUUAUGUAACUUUGUUGAGUUCCCGAUUCAGGGGACAGUAUGUAGUAUUACUCUUGGCUGCACCAUGCUAUGGAAACGUUGAUGAAAUUUAGACAGUUGGCUUAUUCAACAAAAUUAUAUUUAACUUUUCGCUCCUACUAACAGCCAAUGUAAACAAAUUGACAAAAAUUCCGAAAAAAAUUUUUUUGUAAGGAAUUAUAAUAGCAACAUGCAAAUGUCAUACCAGAGAGGUUUUAGAGAAUUACUUGACAUCUGAUUGCCAUACAAACACUUUCAGUAAUUUCUCUUGCAUUUACCUUACUGACUAAAAAACUGAAAACCACAUGAUUUGCAUUUCUUUUAUUGUUAGAUGUUCCAUCAGUGUCAAGGUUCCAUUCAAAGAAUAGGGAGGCAAAGUAGAGGCACUUCAAAGCAAGAACAACGUCUUCUCAAAAAUGUCAUGUCAUCACUAGCUGUCAGUCUACAGGAUCUGUCCCUGAACUUCAGGAGAGGACAGUCAUCAUAUUUGAAAAGUGAGUAUUGCAGAUGUCACUGGGUUUGGUUAUUUUGUGGUUUAGUGCACCCUAGAACCCGAAAUUCUUAUUACCCUUGGUUGCAUCUAAGCAUGGACAUGAGACCAAAAAACAUGUUCUAAUAGGGUGCCAGACAUGACCUGUUUUGCCACCAAACAUUUGAAGUGUGACAGCUGUUAAAGCAAACUGUCGCCCCACAGGUUAAGUUGUUUACAUGUUUUUGAUCAGCACGUUCCUUUCAUCUUUUAUUUUUCUCAAGUUUCAUUAAUAUUUCUUGCUCAGAAACAGCACACUUGCUUUUAAGAAUUAUUCUUUGGAGAUUUGCAACUCUCUAAAUUCGAUAAACAGCUACCUACUUUACACGUGAACAUUAGUCCAAUGUCACCCCAAACUUCAACAGUUUGGCGGCGAAACGUGUCUUGUUUUCAUCCGAUUAGAACAUGUUUGUAUACUAUUGCUACCCUAAAAUAAGGACUCCUUAUGUUUACUGUUCCCUUUCACAACAAGAAUUUGCCUAAAGUGAGAGUUUAGUGAGAGUGAGAGUAUAGUGUGUAUACUGUAGUGAGAGCUUGACAUGAUUUUUGUAGCAAGAAAUACAAUGUAAAUGACAGUGUUACUCUGGAUUAUUUCAUCAUUACAGUGUGUUUAAUAAUACUGUUCCAGUUUUAAAAAAAACAUUAUGGAAAGUUGAGACCUUCAACUCUUUUGUACUGGCCUCCAGUUUGGAAUUCAAAAUGUACUGUUGCAUUUCUGCAUAACUUCCAUCAUCAUCCAUUAUUGUGUUGUUCCAGAAAAUAUUCAUACUCCCCGCAAGGAUGUAUUUUGGUUUAAAUGCCCCCACCCCUCUGGAAAUUUCAGUUUAGUUUCAUACCUUCCUUUAAAAAAUAUUUUAGCCUUUAAGACCCCCCUCCCCUUUGCAAUUUCCAGUGACCAUCCUUGGGGUGGGUAUGGAUAUUUUCUUGAACCACACAUUUUAAGGUUGACACACUGAUUCAUUUAGAUACGUGCUGGUAACGCUUUAGCGAAUUUCCCUUUUUAGGACUGAAGAAUCGAGAAGAGAGGGAAAGACAGUAUUUUGACACUGGUCUUCCAGCUACCAGCAGUGCACUCAUGAAUGAAGAUGUUGUUGAGGAUGAUGAACUUUAUGAUAGAGUGAGUGAUCUUCUUCAUUUAACCAACCACACACAGCUGUAGUGCCAAAUGAUCUCAAUUCAGUCAUGCGCAAGUUGCAAUGUCUCAUUAGAGCUGUCAGUUGAUGGUUAUAAUAAUGUUUACAAUAUUUUGAGCUGGCAUGAAUAAUAUUUUGUGAGCGCUGUUGAAGCUCUUGUGAGCAAACAUCCCUGGGAAUUGGAUGAGGGAAUCAUUCUUGCAUACAGCCUAUUGCAUUACAAAGGAUAAGAAAGUACAUCUACAUAUGCAACUUAAUUGUCUUUGACUGCUGAUAAAAAUACUAACUAAGACAUUAAUUAAAUGGGAGUGUAAAUGGUGUUUUGUAAACUAUGGUAGCUGUAAGUAGGGAUGUCUACUUACAGGAGCUUUGAGUUUAUGGCUCUAUUGGCGCUGGUGUUUCAUGGGAGGACCCCUUCACCAUUCCGUUCAUGUAUGCUUUAUUAGCUGGUUAUAACAUUUGUGUCUGUGGAGCUAAUCCUGAAAUGUGACAAUUCAAAUAAAAUCUUUUCUGCAGUACUCUUACAUGUAUGUGGUACUUUUUGUCUGCUUUAUAUAAGCUUGUUUUACCUUUCUGUCUUUGGGCAACUUAUUCUUUGUGUUUGCAUUGACCACUUAUGCAUGAGUUUGAUAUUUUGGCAGGGAACUGUGCCAUUUUAACAUUGUUUUAUAUUUCAUGUUGUUUGUUAACAGGGAUUUACUUCUGAUCAGAUGAGGCUGGUUGAAGACAAUUCAGCUUUAAUUGAGCAUAGGGAGAAAGAAAUACAGUCAAUAGUGCAAUCAAUAUCAGAACUAAAUGAAAUAUUCCGAGACCUUGCUACUAUGAUAGUAGAGCAGGUAACUAAAGAAUGUUAUUUGUCCUUUACAGGGUCCUAAGGGUCAUGGAAAACCUGGAAAGUCAUAAAAUUUUAGAAUUUCAUUUUCCAGGCCUGGAAAGUCUUGUAUUCUAAUUGUCAGUCCUGGAAAGUCAUGGGAUAUUAAAGUUAUGUUUGAUAAAUUAGUUACUACAGAUGUCCAAGCAAGGACAAUGCAAGAUAGAGUCAAGAAAUUAAAAAGCUGAAGUAGCAUGCAUUUUGGUGAAAAACAGAUUUUGUGUUUGUUGAACUUAGUUAGGCCAAAAAAUAACCUGAAAAGGAAAAAUUUUCCAGUGACAGCUUAACACCGGGUCAUGGAAAAGUUGAAAAGUUAUGGAAAAAUUCAUGGAAAGUCAUAGAAUUUGAGGAGCUCAAAAGAGUACUUACCCUGCUUUAAAAAUUUCUUCUUUAUCUAUGAAGCUUCAAGAAUAGUUUUCUGAAAGCUGAAUGUUUGAAUCUUGUUUCUUUUUCAGUGGACCAUGAACUAAAUCACUUCAUUGGAUUGAUCCUUCUUGCUCAUUCUUUCCACAGGGAACUAUUUUGGAUAGAAUAGAUUACAAUGUAGAACAAGCUGCUGUUAAAGUGGAAGAAGGCCUAGAACAACUUAGAAAGGUCAGUACUUGUUGGAAGAGGCAGUGGUAUUUUCAAAGAUCAUUUUUAAGUAUUUGCGCUUUUCUCUCAUUUGUUAAGUUUUAGUCCUUAUCGAAAAGAAAAGAGUUUUUUCUGCAUUCAAUUUUCUGCUCUCUUGGGCCUUUUCCAUUAAAAAAAAGGAAUGGUGUCAUUUCAGAUUAAUUGUUGUAAAUGUUAUUGUUUGACACCAAGAAGUCCCAGGAGGCAAAAACCAGGCCUAAACAAAGAUUUUUCUGUUCAUGCCAAUAAACUCAAAAAGCCAGUUUAAUCCCCAAAAAACCACUACAUGAUUUCUAAACCACGAAGGAUGUUUCCACCUCCCUAUCACCAUAAACCAGAGACCCCUCCCCACUCCUUUGUGCUGGGAUAAGAUUCCCUAGACCAUCUGGAACCUCUGGAAAAUGGUUGGACAUUCUCCCCAGCUGAACUAGAGCAACUAAUUAAAUCAUAUAAUUAUAUAUUUGUCUUGUUUGCAGGGCGAGAAGCACCAGAAAGCAUCUCGGAAGAUGUUAUGUAUAAUAUUUUUAGCUAUUGUUGUAAUAAUAAUGCUUCUAGCUCUGGUAAUAACAAAAGCCAAAUGAUAAGCAAUAUAUUGAUUAUUGAGUAAUAAUCUAUUUAGGUUGUUUCAUAUUAAUUUGUAUAUUUGAUAAGAAAUGAAUUAAAUUAGGAGGAACAUUUUUAUCACUCAAGUUUUUUUAAUGUUAAACUUUAC